AUGGACAAUUACACGUUGUUAGAAAAGGGAGUCACAACUCCGGGCCCAAUCGCCAUUGAGAUUGCUGAUGUAGAACAAACUCAUAAUCUGUCUAGUCGAUCUCUAUUGUAUCAUCUGAAGACACUUUUUCUUUUCACCAAAAGCGAUUUCAAAACAGUCAUUCUGACCACGGCACACUUCGGAGAGGGCGAGUUCCCAGAUGUAUGGACUAUAGCUUCUCGCAUGCCGUUGAUGCUCAUGUGGAUUUGGGUGAAUCUCUUGGUUGAAGAUAUCGCCAACCAGCGUCUUGGAGGGUCUGUUGUGGAAGACGCAAUCAACAAACCAUGGAGGCCGUUGCCUUCGGGUCGGAUUUCUCCAGAGCAAGCACGAGACUGGCUCCUCGUCGCCAUUCUGGCCGCAAUGGGCUUGAGUAUCUUGUCUGGCGGCUACACAGCGAGCAUCACGUUAAUGGCCUUCGUUUGGAUGUACAACGACCUAGAUGGUAGCAAUAGCGGCAUCUGGAUUCGAAAUGCGCUGAACGCAGGUGGUCUCAUGUGCUUCAGCUGGGGCGCAUUAGCCUCGCUCUCUGGAGGAGAAUUGCUGCCAGAAGGUUUCGCUUGGAUCAUGGCGACGGGAGCUAUCAUAAUGACAACAGUCCACGCACAGGACCUGCCAGACAUUGAGGGGGAUAUGGCUCGUGGGAGACAGACGGUGCCCCUGCUGUACGGCGAGGCCGCGGCACGAAUAUCACUAGCAGUCAUGGUUAGUUUCUGGGGGUGCAAUGUCAGUGCUGGCGUUGAAGAAUAUGGGCCAGUGGUGGGACGAGGUGGUGUGGAAGCUGUGGUGCCUCUGGGUGGCGGCGCUGUAUCUUCUGCCAGCAUUUAA